AUGUGUCUGUUACCAGUUUCCGGUACUGACGCUGCCAGCGUUACCUUCGACGUCGUGGCCAUCAUUAUUGGCGGGGUGAUGAUCUAUGGCGUAUUUAAGGUUACGGAAAAGGCUCUAGAGCUUGCUAACACGUCCGUUUCCGGUACUGACGCUGCCAGCGUUACCUUCGACGUCGUGGCCAUCAUUAUUGGCGGGGUGAUGAUCUAUGGCGUAUUUAAGGCUGUUAGCGUGUUGCUGUUUGUGUGGGUUGUUGUUGUCGUCAUCAUUUUGGUGGCCGAACUCAUCAUCGUCAUCGUCAUAACGGCUUUCGCCCGCGGACCUGAGGUCCUGAUCCCGGCCUGGAUUAUCUACCUCCUGAUUCUCGGUCUCGUGAUUUAUGGCGUCCUUGUGGUGUACUCACAUUACGAAAACCUCCGGAAUGGUGACUCUGAUGACAGUGCAACACCGCCACCUAGCGGUCCUACUCAUGAAACUGCAGUAUCUCCUCCCGGAAGCGACAACCCGCAGAUCUGGAGUAACGCAACUUCUCCGGCGAUUUAUGAGAUGGAUCGCACGAGAGUGUGACGAGCUUUGAACAGAGCCACACAAGGGCCCGGGCAAAAACUAUUUUUUCCAAGUGGUACUCAUCAGUAGAGUCAACUGGACGAACGUUAUGGAUUAAACUGGCUGACGAGAAAAGUGAACUAGGCCAGUUUGGGGAUGGUAAAACCUGGAGUGGAGUACUGUUUCCACCAACCUGUGACCGUAGUCACUAUUAUUCAAAGCAAAAAACAAACAAGCAAAUUGUCACAUCACUUGAAUAGGACCGCACUGGACGGCAAACACCCACGAAAAAAAAAACAAAAAAACAAUCAGACUGUUUGGCAAAAUCAUCGUCUCCGAGAAAGAAAUGUGGCUUCCUUUUGUCUCUUUGAAUUGCUCACCUUCCCCUAAGACAUAUUGUACAAGCCCUGACCAUUUUGACCUUGUGGCAUGUGUUUUAAAGAUAACGGAGUAACAAGGGAGCUGGUGACCAUGAGAGUUUGAAAGCAUGGUACAUGUGGAUAGCAUGUUUAGCCUCGACAAUUACAAAUUGGUGUAUUGUCUCGGAUUUGUUCAUCUCAUAUAUAUAUACUGAUGCAUUAAUAAAUACUUAU